AUGCAACAAAUAAGAACAUUUACAACAACUCUAAUACGACUAAAACCACCGUCCAACAAGCUUUCAUCAACAUCAUCCACAAAGUACCUAGGACGACCAUCAAAUAACUUAUCAGCGGGAUUAGUCGGUCUAGCAAAUGUUGGUAAAUCGACAUUUUUCCAAUCAAUAACAAAAUCAAAUUUAGGUAAUCCAGCAAACUAUCCAUAUGCAACAAUAGAACCAACAAAAUCAAUUGUACAAGUACCACUGGAGAAAUUAGCCCACUAUCAAAAGAUUUACAAUUCACAAAAACAAGUUCCUACAAAUUUAACAAUAUGGGAUAUUGCAGGAUUAACUAGAAAUUCAAGUUCUGGAGCUGGUUUGGGUAAUAAAUUUUUGAAUGAUAUUAGACAAGUUGAUGGGAUAUUGCAAAUUGUUAGAGGAUUUAUAAAUGAUGAGAUUAUACACAUUGAAGAAAAUAAAGUAGAUCCAAUAAGAGAUUUAGUUAUUGUUAAUGAUGAAUUGAUUUUAAAAGAUUUAGAAUUCAUUGAAAUUGAGAUGGAGAAAUGUAAGAAAAAUUUGAAAAAGCCAAAUAUGUCACAUGAAGAAAAGAAUUUGAAAAUUCUCGAGAAAUUAAGUGAUUCAUUAUAUGAAGGAGUUAAAAUCAUUAAUGAAGAAUGGAAUGAUGAAGAAAUUGAUUUUAUAAAUACUUUAAAUUUAUUAACUGCUAAACCAUCAGUAUACUUAUUGAAUGUAUCCAGAGAGGAUUAUUUAUCACAAUCAAACCAAUUCUGGGAUGAAGUUCAAACUUGGAUCAAAAAAAAUUCUAAAAAUGAUAAAUUAAUAAUGUUUAGUGCAGAAUACGAGCAUGAUUUAAUCGACCAAGAAGGCAAUUCAAUUAUACCAGAAAUUAUACAAGAAAUGAGAAACUUUUUGAGUCUAAUUUCAUUUUAUACAUGUGGAGAUUUAGAAGCAAGACAAUGGACUAUUAGAAAAGGUAGUACAGCACCGGAAGCAGCAGGACUAAUACAUACAGACUUACAACAAACAUUUAUAAACUCAAUAGUUUACAAAUGGGAUGACUUAAAAUUCCCAGAAGUGUUCGAUGAAGCCAAAUUAAAAUCUACAGGAAAACAACAAAAACAUGGAAAAAAAUACGUCGUGGAAGAUGGUGAUGUAUUAGUUAUAAAAUCAGGAAAAGGUAAAGCUAGAUAG